CUUCGUUCGUCAGAGCCGCCUCAAUCGUAGCAUAUAACGUCGACGUGGAAGACACGCACUCGUUGAUUGUCAUCACAGCUGAGACUUUAAAGGUUGCCUCGUCACCACGUGCGAAGCAGAGCAGUUGCUAGCCGUGAUCGUAUCGACCGCCUUCGCUGGAACCGAGCGACUGCGAUGAGGGACUCGUGGCUGUUGCUUCGCGCGCUGUGCGUAGCGACCGCGAUACUGUCGGGCACCGGGGCGAGAGAUAAGCCUAAUUUGAACCGCGAGAACACGGUAGAGAUGCCUUCGAAAGCCAGCGGUGAGCCGAACGCCAGACGGGUGAUCUCCGCAGAGGCCAACGCCUGGAAUCUGGAGGAGAUGAUAAUAUCCGAGGAGACCAGUUACCUCAAGUACGAGGAGAAAGUGCAUUCAGAAGACGACGGUGGCACUGCGAGUCCCGAGCAGGCCGGGAGUGGCUCGAAGGAAGAGAGGACGCCUAAAGCCAAGAAAACCGCGACAGGUGAGAACACUACGAAUUUCAAGAAGGUCACGCCGUCUUCUGAAACCACAGCUCCGAAGGAUACCAGGGAAACGACUCCCUACGAAGAUGACCCGCGUCACCUGGAGCGGCAGCACAUGGAAGAUUUUGUGGCCAUCACCGAGAAGAUAUACGUGGUGAAGCGUGAUUUCAACCUCGAUCGAAUCGAGCGCUGCGAAUCGGCGCAGAGGUUGCGUCAGCUGAGCGACACUAACUACGAGUACCUGCUACGCACUCGCCUGUACAAGGAGUCAGGGGAGCUAAUGUCAAUGAAAGUGUUCUUCAAGAUUAGCAAGACUGGUGUGCACAAGGACUACAACGCUGUCAAGUAUGCGCACGGCCCAGGUGAGCCUAGCGUCGAACGCAAGCUCAUGUACAUCAGUCCCGACAAAACGUGCGCGAUCCUUGUCGAAGCCCUGAAGAAAGGACGCAAGGGUUGCCAACUCGUGCAGCCAGAGUCCGCGAUCGACAACGGGAUACCGCAGGAGUGCAACAAGAUCUACGAGGCCAGCUGCGGCAAAAAGAGCCUCACCGUCUACGAACCCGCCUGCAAGACGCUGCCUGACAGCGUGCCCCACGAGGAACUUUAAAACAAUUUUUUUUUUCUCGCGAUGGCACUCGUGAGCUGGAAGACCGUCACGCGCGCCAUCUGUCGGAACAUUCGUCCCAACCUGUCAAGUGUUGUGCGCGGAAGGUGCCUUUUUCAAGAGCGUCUCCCGACACUUACCGACGCUUGUCACGGGCUCGACACAUCUUUAAAAGAGACACUAAAGAAUGCUACGCUAUGUUACUGAAUCACAGUUCUAAAACAUCAAAACAGAUGCACUCUUACCGGGGGGCGUAUAUCGAAACUCUAGAAGCCACAGCGCCCAGCAACCGCGGUUGAACGCGAUUGGAUGAAACGCCGCCGACGACGCUCGACGCCGCGAUGCCCUUAGCCACCGCCGUGAGAGUAUGCCACGCCGCCUAACGCCUAGCAGCGUAAUCCGUCGCGGGGUUUGCGUCGCGAAGCACCAAGGGAACAAUGGUGGCGCGUUGCUACGGUGCGAAAUCAGAGCGUCGCCGGCGGCGUUUCAGCCAAUCGCGUUCAGCCGUUGUUGCUAAGGCGCUAUGCCUUCUAGAUUUUCAAUAUACGCAACCGGGGGAUCUCCAGGAUUCAUUACAGAGCCUCUCUCUCUCUCUCCUUACCAUUAGAGGAGACUUAUUGGUAAGACAGAAAAAUGGCGCACCAACAAAAUACCGGUGGUGACUCAACCCUGAAGUUGCCAGACCAGCUUGUCAUGACGUCAUGGAUUUCUACAGCGUCUACGUUGGUCCAUAGUCAAACCGUUUAUCGUUCAGGAAGGACUACGUGUCACUAUAUUUAUAAGGACGAAACAGUAAUAACUAGCAAGUUUUGAUAAC